AUGAGCACGCCCCAGCAGGCGAACGAAGCGGAGAAGAACAUUGAGAUAUGGAAGAUUAAGAAGCUCAUCAAGCGGCUCGAGGCUGCUCGAGGAAACGGAACUUCCAUGAUCUCUCUGAUCAUUCCUCCCAAGGAUCAGGUCUCUCGAGCGGCAAAAAUGUUGGCUGAAGAAUUUGGCACUGCCUCCAAUAUCAAGUCCCGUGUCAACCGUCUUUCCGUCCUUUCUGCCAUUACAUCAACCCAGCAACGUCUCAAGCUUUACAACAAAGUGCCUCCGAACGGCUUGGUUGUCUACUGUGGUGAAAUUAUUACCUCCGAGGGAAAGGAGCGUAAGAUCAACAUCGACUUCGAACCCUUCAAGCCAAUCAACACGUCACUCUACCUUUGUGACAACAAAUUUCAUACCGAAGCCCUGAGCGAACUGCUUGAGUCCGACCAGAAAUUCGGUUUCAUUGUUAUGGACGGUAAUGGCGCUCUCUUCGGUACCCUAAGCGGCAAUACACGAGAAGUUCUCCAGAAAUUGAGCGUCGAUCUACCGAAGAAGCACGGUCGUGGUGGUCAGUCUGCUCUUCGUUUCGCACGUCUUCGAGAGGAAAAGCGCCACAACUAUGUCCGAAAGAUCGCCGAGUUGGCUGUUCAGAACUAUAUUACCAACGACAAAGUCAACGUUGCUGGUAUUAUUCUCGCUGGUUCUGCCGAUUUCAAGAAUGAUCUGAACCAGUCCGAUAUGUUCGACCAGCGACUCCAAGCCAAGGUUAUCAAGGUUGUCGACGUUUCCUACGGUGGAGAGAAUGGUUUCAAUCAAGCUAUCGAGCUCUCCGCUGAGACGCUGAGCAACGUCAAAUUCGUCCAAGAGAAGAAGCUCAUCGGAAAGUACUUCGAGGAGAUUAGCCAGGAUACAGGAAAGGUCUGCUACGGUGUUGAAGACACCCUAAAGGCACUUGAACUCGGUGCCUGCGAAACCUUGAUUGUGUAUGAGAACUUGGAUGUCACUCGAUGGAUCCUCAAGAAUUCCGAGGGUGCCGAGGUCGUCGUUCACACGACCAAGGCUCAAGAGGAGAACCGCGAGCAUUUCCUUGACAAGGAGACUGGCGCGGAAAUGGAGGUCGUAGACUCGAGUUCGUUCCUGGAGUGGCUUGCCGAGAACUACAAGGACUUUGGAGCAACUCUAGAGUUUGUAUCUGAUAAGUCUAGUGAAGGAAACCAGUUUGUGAAAGGUUUCGGUGGUAUCGGAGCUCUUCUCCGAUACAAGGUCAAUUUUGAACAGCUCGCUGAUUUUGAUGACGAGGAUGAGUUCUACGACGAUUGA